AUACACCAAGACCAACACAACUCUCUUCUUCUCUCCAUCAGAAAGAUAAGAGGUUUCCCGUUAGUGAACUAAGGAGGUUUGGUUGAGGAAGAUCACGCUACCUCCCUGGUCGUGCUCUUAGAAGUAUCGUCUGGCCAAAGAUCGUCUUCCAGAUUCCGCAUCAACCUCUUGGCGUUCAACAACAUGGCUUCAGGUAUUCCGAAAAACCUUUGAUAUCUGACAAGAUGAAUUUUCUAAGGAAUUACAUAUGUUAAGUGUAAUUCUAACAGUUUUACCAUGUUUGCGGUUUAUUUUAGGAAGUUUCUUGUGUGCUUAUGAAAUAUUUGUGAGAAAUUAACACUACAAAUGACCAAGUUAUACCAUGGUAUUAGUUGCAGUAAUUGACAAAGUUAAGCAAUGAAUGGUCUUAAUAUAAUUAGAGCAGCGGGGACAAUUUUUAUCGAUCUCUCUAUCACUGGAGCAACUUGAUCAACUAUGGAGCAUUGAUGACUCACCCUACGACAAAAGACGAAUAAAUUUGCCAGGCAACCUUUAAGCAAAUGGUAUCCUUCACCCCCCACAAAAAAAAAACAUCCCCAUUGAGACAAAACGUCGAACACAAGAAAGACAACAUACUACGAUGACAAAACCAAACCAAAUUCCACCCCCACAAUACCUAGUCGGAAUGCUUAGCUCCCGCCACGCUUAUGCCUCUCUCGAUUACCCUGAGCUUCUCCGCAUUCCCGCUGACCAGGCCAUCGACGAUGACAGGUGCCGGCGUCACAAGAUCUACAAUGAAGGAGCCCAUCGAUGGGGGAGAAAUGGCAAAGUCAAUUUCCAGGCGACGGUGGGGAAGAAGCGAGGGCGGAGGAGCCUACCGCCGAUAAUGGAGGUUGAGAAGAUUGUCGUCGGCAUCAGAAAGGAAAGGGGUGUAAACAGAAUUCGCAAUAGCAUGGAUCUUAGAAUUAGAUGAUUUCACGAAUCGGUAAUAGAUCAAGGAAACCUACCUCGAUCCAUGACGAGAGCGGCGGCGGCGACUUGAGUAGUAAUUGAGUUUCUCCCUCUCGACCCCAUUAGGUUUUAGGUUUAGAGAUUUCUAUGACGGCUAAGUAAUUCUACGUAAUGGGUUGAGAGAGGACCAAUCCUAGGGUUUCGUUAUAUAGACCCACCAUUAGGGUAUAUUAGGAAAUUACCUUUUUCAUUAACCUAACCAAUAUAUGACUUACCUUAAA